AGCCCGCGCGGUGGCCGCUCCCGCAGCCGCGGCUGCCGCCACCGCCUGGAGCUCCAUGGGCUUCUCCUUCGCACCGCCCCGUGUGAGGCCGAGUCCGGCAAGCCGUGGCGCCGGGUGCCCGUGCCAUCGCGGACGCUGGCGGCUGGGCCCCGGGGCAGCAGCAGGCGGCGCGGGACUGCUAGCUGCCUCCAGAUUGACGAUGCCAGUAUGGACAGAAUAGCUUAUGAUGCUUAUCCCCACCCAUCACUUCCGAGACAUUGAGCGGAAACCAGAGUACCUCCAGCCAGAGAAGUGUGCCCCACCUCCCUUCCCUGGUCCUGCGGGAGCCAUGUGGUUUAUCCGAGAUGGCUGUGGCAUUGCUUGUGCCAUUGUCACCUGGUUUCUGGUCCUCUAUGCGGAGUUUGUAGUCCUCUUUGUCAUGCUGGUUCCAUCCCGAGACUACGCGUACAGCAUCAUCAACGGAAUUGUGUUCAACCUGCUGGCCUUCUUGGCCCUGGCCUCCCACUGCCGGGCCAUGCUGACGGACCCCGGCAGGAGGACUGUUAUUUGGCCAGUGUCUGAAGUCACUUUAGCUGGAGUCUGUUCCCUGUGAGACAUCUCGGUUGCAAAAGCAAACCACAACUUGCAUGCAUCUUUGCAUUUCUUAAGAAGUUUUUUUUUCCGGGCUGGCAAGAUGACUCAACGGGUAAGAGCAUGACUGCUCUUCCAGGGGUCCUGAGUUCAAAUCCCAGCAACCACAUGGUGGCUCACAACCACCCAUUAUGAAAUCUUACGCCCUCUCUGGUGCAUCUGAAGUCAGUUACAGUGUACCUAUGUAUAAUAAAUAAAUCUUUAAAAAAAAAGAAGAAGAAGAAGAAGUUGUUCUUCUCCUCCUAAAAUUCUUCCAUAGGAUAGAUCCUAACAACCAGCUCUUGUUCCUUCUGCCUUGCUGGCCUGCUCCAGUUUGGGGAAGUGGUGCUCUGUGUGAAGCCUCCAACCCCUACGCACACACCCUCUGGAUCCUAUUUGAGUUGUUGUGCAGCACAGGGGGCAGUGCCCAAAGGAAAUGCCACUAAAGAGUUCAUCGAGAGCCUUCAGCUGAAGCCUGGGCAGGUGGUGUACAAGUGUCCCAAGUGCUGCAGCAUCAAGCCCGACCGGGCACACCACUGCAGUGUUUGUAAGCGGUGCAUUCGCAAGAUGGAUCACCACUGUCCUUGGGUCAACAACUGUGUCGGCGAGAACAACCAGAAGUACUUUGUCCUAUUCACAAUGUACAUAGCUCUCAUUUCCUUGCACGCCCUCAUCAUGGUGGGAUUCCACUUCCUGCAUUGCUUUGAAGAAGACUGGACAAAGUGCAGCUCCUUCUCGCCGCCCACCACAGUCAUCCUGCUCAUCCUGCUGUGCUUUGAGGCCCUGCUCUUCCUCAUUUUCACAUCAGUGAUGUUUGGGACCCAAGUACACUCCAUCUGCACAGAUGAGACGGGCAUAGAACAAUUGAAAAAGGAAGAGAGAAGAUGGGCUAAAAAAACAAAAUGGAUGAACAUGAAAGCCGUGUUUGGCCACCCUUUCUCUCUAGGCUGGGCCAGCCCCUUUGCCACACCAGACCAAGGGAAGGCAGACCCGUACCAGUAUGUGGUCUGAAGGACCCUGACCAGCAUUGCCACUCAGACCACAUCAUGGCACCUCCCAUCCGCUCUUGUGAAUGUUUAGGCCAAAACUCUUAAAACUUUUUUAUGUCUUCAGAAAAAUGGCUGAGCAUUGCAGAGAAAAAAAAAGUCCUCAUGUUUUAUUUUUAAAAAAAAAAUCAUCCUUUCAAUUUUUUGAUGACUGGAGCUGCUCUUUUCCCUUUUAAAAUCACUUCUCUGGCCUCUGUUUCCUCUCUGCUCUGUCAGCAUGACUAACGUCGAGGGUGCUGCUCAGGCCCUGCCCCUUCUACUAAUUGAAUGCCCCUGAUGCUGUGUAUGGAUGAACUGGCCCAGUAGGAAAGCCAAGAGGGCCCUGACCUCCUCCUGCCCACAGGGCAGCACUGGCGCCCGCAGGACUCAGAACCUCUUCGAAGAUAAUGCUAACCCCUUGAAGCCUAAGGAUGAAAAGAUUGGGCUGGAGCCAUCAUAAGGGUCCUUGGUGCAGUGGCCUCCUGCCCAAGUGGACAGUUCGCCUCAGUUUCAGAAAUCGAUGGGUGUGGGUGUACAGAAUGACUUGGGGGAGGUGGGAGAGGUAAAGGGGCCUUUGUAUUCUGAAUCAGCAAUUAUGUCACUCUGGCUUUUGGGAAGACUAUGAAAGAGAUGUUUCCCAGUUCAAAAAUGCCUUAUACAAUCACAAGAGGAAAACAAUUUCAGGCAAGCUACAACAACUUUCUACCCCAGUUCCCGCCCUUUCCCAGCAAGAUGUCAGUCAUUCUGAGGGAAACAGACAACCUCCUGUCAGGAUCAUCUCAGUUUUAACCGUGUCAUGAGCAUAGACUUUCUGGAGUUGAAAGUCCUCCAGAUGUGCACAGACCUGUGUCUUAUGUGUGUUUAGUCUGGGAAGUGGUUGUAGAUGUUAGGUAACAUUCUUAGAGUUGCCAGGUAGCCCCUACUCACCUGCUUCUCAGCCUGCUACACAGACAAGCUUUCCCAUCAGCAGGUACUGCUAAGCAAAGUCACACAGGGAAGAGCUGGUCUUGAGCUAGGGAGGAACCAGGGGAUGUAGGAGGUGCUAAGAGAAGACUGCUCUUGAACCCUACAGCCACGUGGAACCUGAGCACCAUGAAGUCCCCCAAACCAGUGGGUUUUAAAGCAAUCACCACAAAACUCCCUUUUUAGCUUUUGCUUGGGGUGGGGGUGGGGAUAAGGUUUUUCAUUCUAGUUGUGGGUAGGAAGAAAGUUAAUGUAGCCCUGUGGUUUUUCAGAAGUCGGUGGGACGUUCUGCCUCUUCCCAACUCUGUCAGUGCUUCCACAUGGAAACAAUGCAAUAAACCUUUUCCAAACCUGCUUCUGCUCUGCUCUCUCCCCACGGCCUGUGCAGAAGGGCAGGUGGUGUCAGGCUGCAGGCUGAGGGAGUUUAGUUUUGUUCUUAAAGGCUAUGGAUGGCCUUUCUGCAGGCAGAAUUCUCUGCAUGAGUUGCUGGUGAGGGUGCCCUAUGGCUCCAAGAGGUCAGUCUUUCUGGAGUCUAGGGCCAGAGCCUGCCCAGCAGAGAGCAAAAGCUGUGCCAACAGAAAGUGCCUAGCAUCUAUACCCACAGUGCGAGGUGCUGUUUUUCUGGGGGGUUCUUGUUGAUGGUAUCUAGUGAUGACAGAUGAGGCAACACUGAGGAACUGGCCACCUCCCCUACCUCCGUAGGCUUUGAUUUGCCUCGGCUGUGCCGUUUAGGCUGAGAUCCUGGGUGUGUGCUCAUGUGGAGUUUUACACAUAACUAUAUAUCGACAUAGAUAGGUUUAGAUGAAGUUCAUAGCAUUUGUUCUCCAGGUGCCUUUGAAAUUUUGUUUAUUUAUCUCUUGGUUUAUAUGAAAGAGGUGUGGCCUGUUCCAGGUUCAGCAGGUUAGAAGGGUCCAGCUGUCCAGCCUUGCUCGAAUACUCAGGUUAGAUCUGCUGUGGCAAAGAGCAGCUACACUGCACACUGCAGCUAUGGUUCUGUUGUCAACAUAUUCAUAUUCUCUCUCUCUCUCCCUCUCCCCCCCCCCCAAGACUGGAACUAAGGAAAUAGCCUUUAGCCUUUAAGGGCAUUUUGUGAAUGGCUCUAGCUUUUGCUAUGGGGUUUCACAGUAGAUGGCACUGCAGGAAUUUGAAUCCUGAAAUUAAAGCUCACACUCUAAAUAGGCAUGCGACCAGCUUACUGCCCAGGCCCUUGUAAGUCUCCCUCUGCAUUAUUACAACCAAAGGCUGCAAAGUGGAGGUCCUUAGUGCUCAAACUACAGCAAAAAGGCCUCAAGACAGGACUACCCUAGGGUGGCCUGUGAGUACCAUUGCAUUCUCUCUGAAGCCAGGAGAAUUUUUCUGUGAGCACAGUAGUGACCAAGGCUGUGUGUCAACAAAUGACUCUGUCCUGAGUCUUCUGAUCCCUUUAGAUGGAGUAAAAGGUCUUUCUCCGUGGCCUACUGGAAAGUGAGCCUUUGUCGCCCAUCUUCCAGAAUGGUAACUGGGUAAUAGGAGUGAAGAAGACAUGGCCAGUAGACUGGGUAACCCACGUACUUGUCCAUUUCUUCAUGUCAUAUCUGCAUAUUUGCAUGAGCUUGGUGACAUGUAUACAGUAGAAAUGUGUGCCCAGUCUUUCCUUAAUACCAUUUUACCUUUGUAACACUUGGACCUUACAAGACUUACAGGACUAAAGGGUAGCUAGCUUUUGCUCAUUCUGACUGAACCACUUUGCAUCCUGAUGAGAGAAAUCUUCCAAAGAAGGCAAAUUCCCAAGUGCUUAUUAAGGAAUACCCAUGCAAGACUGGCAUCACAGACACUCCACUGUAGAAGGGUGGGCUCGGACUAUCCAUCCAAACUAAGAAGUUCUCAGUUUCUCUUCUUUCAAAACAAAGUAUACCAGUUCCAAAGGGUGAACUAGCCAAGGGACACAAGCAGUUCCAGCAAAAAAGGAGGGCCAGUGGUUUUUUUGCACAAGCUCAGGGCCUCAGAAUUUAUAGGGAUGGGGCUUCAGGUUAGCCCUGCUGCCACUGCUGGUAGGUACAGCAAACUAGUUCCUGGGAUGUUAUAUCUGAGGCCAGCAUGCUCCCACUGAUGAACCACUGACUCCUUCCACUCUGUUACCUGUGACCUCUUUAAACAUGUCAUCUGAGUUUGUCUUGACCAAUGGCACCUUUACUGAAGAGCCAGCAAGAUGAGGGUAGAACCAAGGAACCAACCUUCCUGUGAGGAGUGUGCAGUGAGUUCUCCAGACCACACAGUGUUUGAGCAACCCAACCACUGGCAGUGUUCUGGUCUUCAUUUUCCACUGUAGCUUCACUGACGGGGCCAACUGGUUAUCUGAAGCCAAGUAUGGAGGAGCACGUGUGCAAACCCAGCGAGUUCGGAACUGGAGGCAAGAGGGUCAGUUCAAGGUCAUCCUUUGCCAUACAGAGAGCUCAGGAUUAACCUGUGGUACAUGAGACCCUACCUCAAAAAACAAAGACUUCAUAAAGAGCCAGGUCUAUGUGUCUGUAGACCCAACACUCAGCAAGUUAGGGCCAGAAUAUGCCUUAAGUUCAGGAGUUCAAGACCAGCCCAGGCAGCACAGUGAGCCUCUGUUUAAAAAAGAAAAGGAAAGAAGCCACUGAACCGCUUGUUCUCCCAAACCUGGCCCUUCAACUCCCUUCUCCCUCCUCUACGCUCCCACGGACAAAUAAAAACAAAGGAACGAUGACUGGUACUUCUAAGAUGGCAUGCUAGAAACCCUCUAGGGGAAAGGCGCCAUUAACUCUCUUGUGGAAUAAAGGACACCUGGAAUUCUUCAGCUGGGGUGAUGGAGUUCAGCACUUGUCUAACCUCAGUGUGUGGUCUCUGUAGAACAUGAUCACCUACUCUCAUGGUUUCUGUAAGCACUGGAUAAAAAUGGAAGGUAGAAUGGUAUGGGCGGGCUUUGGUUUCUGUGUGUGUAACAGCUGCACAGGAGCUGUGAUUUUUCCAGUCUGGGUCACCAAUGUCUGCCCCUGCCCCUUUCUUACAAUACAUGACCGCUGCGUGAUACUUCAGAGUACUUUGGUUGUGAGUCUGUGCAUCUUCUGGGUUGCAACAGGAAGACGUUUCGUGCUGUGGGCUGCAGUAGAAGGGUAUGGAGCUGCUGCUCGAGAGAGUUGGUAUCAUCUGACCAGCUCUCCAGAGCUUGCUGUGGGGAUGCUGGCCAGCUUAUCUGCUGGCACUGGGGUCCUAUUCCAGGAGUCUCACAAGCCCUGAACUGAUGCCUGUGGUCCCUGCCACCCUUGGGAGCCUUAGGCCUCACACAUUCAUGCUGGGGUGUUGGUGCAAUGUUCACCGGUCAGACUCUACAGGCCGUUCAGGUGAGGCCGAGGCCUGCUCACUUGUGUCAGUCACUGUUCGCUUGAGCCUGACAUGGCUCACACCUGUGAAUCUCAGGCUGCAGAACUUUGCCUUCUGGACACCUUUAAGUCUACAACUCUUAGAAAAAGAAGCUCUGGGGUCUGUUUUAUGCAUCAAUUUUCUUAGAUUAUUUUCUUUCCCUGCUCAAAGCUGACACUCCUGAUGUCUAUAUAUAUAGCUGCUAAGGAAUGUGGGCACACAGGCCAGUUGAUCCUAACACACCACUUUACAGUGGUAAUCCUGGGCUUGCUCUGCCUCUGCACCUGACUUUGAGACCUACAGAGUGAGGCUUUGUCAGACAAUGGGGAAAACACCUGGUGGAGAGAAAAAAAAGCACUUGUCCUGCUUCUGCAUAACUUUCUGUUUUUGUUUUUUUGUUUUUGUUUUUGUUUUUUGAGACAGGGUUUCUCUGUAGAGCCCUGGCUGUCCUGGAACUCACUUUGUAGACCAGGCUGGCCUUGAACUCAGAAAUCUGCCUGCCUCUGCCUCUAGGAUUAAAGGUGUGCGCCACCACGCCUGGCUUCUGCAUAACUUUCUAACCAAGCUUGGGCUGCUGUCUCAGCCUCUCGGGAACUUAAUACUGACACCUUCACAAGGGGUGUGUGUGUGUGUGUGUGUGUGUGUGUGUGUGUGUGUCUGUGUCAGGACCUGUGUUCCUGGCGGUGGAGGGCAUCAUCUGCCUGUCUUCAUGACCUGCAGAGACUAUUAAAACUCUGGUCUUAGCUGAUUCUUGUUCUUAUUACAAAAACUAAUGCUUGCUCCAUGGUGAAAACAUGAAAUGUGGACAAGUCCACAGAAAUACACCCCAUCUGCAACGGUAACAGCCCCAUGGGGGGUGUCCUGUGCAAAGUGCUUCUCCUUAAGGCAAGACACAGGUUGCAGGAUGUCCCAGGGUCAUGCAAAACAUGGUUUCUCAGUGCCACACUUGCAACUUAUAGAACUAGUUACUUAGACUGCGUUGCUGCACAUUCCAGUUCUCAAUUUAUCAUUAUAACUCAGUGUCAAUUCUGUCUUGGGUUCUCUUGAACUUCUCAUUGUAAAAUAAUGUCAGACUUAUAAAAAUCAGCAAAAUUGUAUAUCUUCUGAAUGACAUUCAGUGUUACCAAAGAUAAACAUCUUACAACAACAACAACAACAAAUUCCUUUCUCUUUUAAGAAAGUAAUUUGGAAAGAAAAAGGAGGGGGUGGGGAAAACUUGCAGUCUCCAUAGUGGUGCACACCUGUAGUCCUAGCUGUUCAAGAGACUAGGGUGGGAAGAUCACUGAUUCUCGGAGUUUGAGGCCAGCUUGAACUGUGCGGCAGACCGAAACCCAUUCUCUCCUUAAGAACAAAACUCUUACUGUCCUCUACCUCGGGGGAGCUUUCUCUACCUGCCUUUUGUCUUCAGGGAUUCCACAUUCUACUACUUGUCUCUACCCCAUUUCUAUCAGUUCCUCAGUCUUAAAUUUGUCAUGACCUAGAUUUUUUUAAUUGAGAAUAAAUUCAUAUAAUGUAAUACAAAUCA